AUGGUGGCAAGGGUGGCUGAGGCGUCGGGUUCCGGCUCGAAGGUGCAGCUGCAGUCCGACGUGCCAGGCUUCCAUACCUCGCUCGACUAUAUCCCGUUCGACUUUGGCGAGGAUGAAGAGGAGGAGGGCGUGGGCGCAAGUGCGAGUAGCAGCGUGGGCCCAAGAAUUGAGGAAAGCCAUGGCUGGGAUGGUGCCAACACCUCGAGAGGAAGCUCUCCGGGCGGAAGGGGCAAGAAGCGGAAGAGAGAAGACGUGGACAAGCGAGCCAAGCGGCGCGAGCUGGCGCGUGGCACACCCUGGUGUGCAGACGUCGACUUCGAUCAGUGUAGGACAGUCACAGAUAUACUGCAUGAGGAGCUGGCCGCAUUUGAACAAUGGAUCUCGCCCUCGCCCAAAGAGCACGAGACGAGGAGCAUGGUGAUCCAGCUCAUCCGGAGGGCAAUCACAAGCCAGUGGAGAGAUGCCUCGGUUCAUUCCUUUGGGAGUCAAAACACAGAGCUGUACAUGCCGCAGGGCGACAUUGACCUUGUUGUAGUGUCUGCCUCUAUGGAGAAUCAACGGCGGGAGGGCGCACUGAGGAACAUGGCCGCCUGCCUACGGCGCAACAACUUGGCCACCGACGUACAGGUCAUUGCUAAAGCCAAGGUCCCGAUCAUCAAAUUUGUCUGCACAUACGGCAAUUUCCGUGUCGACAUCAGCGUCAACCAGACCAACGGUCUUGAGGCGGCCGACUUUGUGGUGUCGUGGCUGAAGAAGAUGCCGAGCCUGCGGCCCGUUAUCAUGGCAACCAAGCUGCUGCUCAGUCAGAGGGGAAUGAGCGAAGUCUUUUCGGGAGGUCUGGGAAGCUUCAGUGUCAUUUGCAUGGCUAUUAGCCAUUUCCAGCUUCAUCCUAAGAUCCAGCGACAAGAAAUUGACCCCUCACGCAAUCUCGGUGUGCUCUUCCUUGAGUUUCUCGAGCUCUACGGAAAGAACUUUGGCUACGACCGGACAGGUAUCUCCAUCCGGGGUCGAGGAGGCUACUUCGACAAGCAGGCAAGGGGCUGGCUCGAACCUGCACGGCCUUAUAUGCUUGCCAUCGAGGACCCGAAUGACCCAUCCAACAACAUCUGCAGGGGAUCGUUUCAAAUCUUACAGGUCCGCAGCGCUCUCGGAGGGGCUUUUGACAUCUUGACCUCGGCCAUGUGCGAACGUGCCCAUGAGAUG